ACCAUGCAGCUGCAGAGAUGAAUAACCAUGGAGUUACCUAUGCAGAACUCAGUCAGAUUAAGGGUUCAAAAAGACAGCAAGUGAAAGCUAAGAGCACUAAAAGUCCCAUUUCAGAAACUGAGCAGGAAAUAACCUAUGUAGAAUUAAAUCUUCAAGAUGCUUCAAAUCUUCAAAAUGCUUCUCAGGAUCCUCAAAGGAACAGCAAGAACUCCUACUGUAAAGGAAAGCUCAUUGCUGGGAUCCUGGGAAUCAUUUGCCUUGUCUUGAUGUCCACUGUGGUCACAAUAGCUGUUAUUCCCUUUACUGAAGGAACAGAGCAGAACAAAACACUCCUGGAAACAAGGAUCCAAAAAGCUUAUCACUGUUGUCCGAAAGAGUGGCUUACAUAUUCUAACAAUUGCUAUUAUAUUAGCACUGAAAGAAAAUCAUGGAAUGAGAGUUCAGCAUCCUGUGCUUCUAAGAACUCUAACCUACUUUCCAUAGAUGAUGAAGAGGAAAUGUGUUUGUUGGAUGUCUUCAUUCAUUCUUCAUGGAUUAAAGUCUCCCAGAGAAGCCACUAUAAUUCACCUGUGUGGCCAAAAGGCUCACCUUUCUUUUCCAAAGGGUUGUCGGUAUCCUCAGAGAGUGACAAGAAUUGCCCAUUUUUUUAUUUUGACUCAAGAAAAUGUUCUUUUGACUCCUGUUUAGAAAGGAAAACAUAUGUUUGUAAGCACCAGGCAUAUUAGCCCCUUAAUUUUGGUAUAAUGCUGUCUCACCAU